AAAAAAGUUUUCAUCUUCAAAUAGACCUUAACCACCCCAUUUAUAUUUAUUUACAUGUACAUUUAAAAGCCACUUAUACAAGAACAAGAAGGGUGAUGGGUAUUCAGAUGUGAACCACGGGCGGGCAUCAAAACACAAGUGUCCCCUUUUGUUUAAAGAUGUACGAAAAAAAAAGGGGUGGAAACUCUAAAAAUCUUUUAAGCUGGGGGGUUGGAGAGUUUAAUUGCCCCCCUCCCGAAAACAAAAAGAAAUAAAUAAAUAAAACGAUCGAGUCUCGUUCUAGGGGGGAAGAACACCCAAGAUAGAGAAUUGUCAACAACACAUUCAACGUUUUACCUCGCUGCCUAAAGGUAGCGCUGUUUCAGUCCCGCUGAUGGCGACCGUCGAAUAACAACCGAGAGUCGAAAGGGACCACUAUAUUUUUUUCAUUUUAUUUAUCCCUUCAAGCAAAAUUAAAAAAAUAAAUAAUAACACGAAAAAAAACGGGCAAAAGGGGUUAAUUUCAAGUGUGGUUUCGGUGCGGGUUUAUUAUUAUUUUCAAAGUGCUUCAAAAAAAUUUCUUGCUACGUUUCAUCGUAAAUCCUCGAGGAGCGAUGUCCCCAAUGUGAAACCAGUACCCGUGUGUUUAUGUUUUCCCGUACGAAAAUAGAGUAUUUCGGAUACUUAUCGUCUUAUUCCUACGAACCAACGAUUUUAAAAGCUCUCCAGUGAUUUCAGAAACCCAUCGGUGACAAUCACUUUAUUUGCACCACAGUUCGAAAUGAAGAGUAGUUCGUCGAGAGAACCCGCGAUUCAGCACGGACUCGACCGCAGAGACAAAGUAGCGCCCCUUGGCCCUUACCCCAUUUAACAUGACCGAGCGGGAGGCGAGGAGCCACCAUCGGAGACACACAGCGCACGAUGACGGUUUCGACCAUAACUUGCCAAGGCCCCCGGUGCCCGGAGAAGAACGGGAACUACGCGUGGCCCCCGAAUGGUCAUGUACGGAUCAUCGGAUCACCACAUUGCCUCCCUAUCGACAAAAUUAUGAUGGCUGUUAUGACUUGGAACCAUCAUAUAAACCCAAUUUGGUUCUUGUUAAACCCGAUAAGGGUUCUGAAACUUCUCCCGGUUGUUUACGAUGGGCGAAAUCGUUACAUAAGUUAUUAGAUGAUCCGGAUGGAGUCGCCGAGUUUCGAAAAUAUUUAGAAGCGGAAGGUGGACAUCAUGCGGAUGCUUUAGAUUUUUGGUUUGCGUGUAAUGGGUUAAGGAUGGUUCGGGAACAUGAUAGGAAAAGUCAACUAGUUAAAGUUAUUUAUAGAAAAUACUUUGGAAAAUUUCUUCUUCCAAUUCCCGACGAAAUCCGUCGCGAGGUCACUCGUCGUGUGAAAUCGUCGUGUCCUUCCGAAUUGGGGGCCGAAAUUUUCGACGAAUCACAAUUUCACAUAGAAAACUUAAUAAACAAUACGACCUAUCCGAACUUUUUAAAAAGCGACGCGUAUUUACUAUUAGUACAACUUGUUCAGAAUCCGAUUGGUGGCAGCAGCAGUGAGUUUAGUAGCGAAUCUAGCUCAUCGAGUAGUUCAGCGAGUUUACGAGAAGUUUCUAACCUUCAAACGGGACCUGAUCCACUUCCCAUUAUUUAUGAAGAUUCCGAAUUUCGUUCAGUUUCAUCAGCACCACUCGGUUUAACUCCAGGAACCGGAUGUAUGAGUACUGGUUAUCAAACCCCAAAUUUCCGAUUAACGAAAGAUAACCUAUUGGUGACACAAAAGCAUCGAGCGAUGGAUGUACGGCCGAAACCCGAAGCUUACGUUGAUUCAUUUAUUUACCGCGGCAUGGCUGUGCAACAUUCACUCUACAGCUCGUACAACCCGGUUUCAAGACAACACAGCGAAAGGCAGUCGCUAAGCAGUCAUUCAGACGCCCGAACCGAAUCCGAUAACCUGUCAAUGACUGAUAGUUCAAUUGAUGGGAGAUCUUUGGGGCGCUCUAGAAGAAAAACGAAUUCCGAUGCGAGGCAAGCAAGGGAAUCGGCGGCUUUAAACAAAGAGACUCAUCUUCAUCAAGCUGUUAUCCCCAGAACGCAACGAAUCGAUACGAGACAAUAUAUGUUAAACCCUGACGAAUUUGCAGCUAUUUUAAUCGAAAAAUUAAAAUGUGUGAAAAAAGAACAGGAUUCCCAAGAAUUAUUAGACAGGAAAUUAAAAGAGAGUGAAUCGACCAGUUCGUUACAUUUGGCGAAUGCGAUUUGUGCUAAAUUACAAUUGGAGGAUGAUAACGAUCAAGAUAUUUUAGAUCAACACGUUUCCAGGGUUUUCAAGGAUUUAACACCAACGAAAAGUCCAAGAUCACAUUCACCAACAAGAAAUAGAUGGGCUCUUGGUUAUAGACCACGUAGAAAAGAAAAAGAUGGUUUUUCAACGUUCAGUAGCGACUCAGGAAACGUGCACGACUACGCCCUUGACACUUUAUCAGAUCACAAGAUGGUCAAAUCAAAAAGUACGCCCGAAUAUUCCGAUGAAAGAUUUACGAGAGGAGUUCCUGGAAGACGAUCGUCUAAGAAAACGUUAACCGAUUUAACCGAUAGUGGAGUUUCCGUUGUGUCGGAUAAUUCGCAAAGUUGCCAUGCGUUGCCUGCGAAAGACACUCGAGUUAUCGCGUGGUUGAUGGAAUCGGAUAAAGGUACCCGAACGACCGCUUACACGCAUAGUGAGUUGUCCGGGAAAUAUCGCGGUCAUCGUCCUCCGAGCGCUGUUAGUCCUGGGGCGGGAAGGCAUCGAAAAGGACAUGGUUCAAGGUCAAGUUCUUUGGAACGAGCUACUGCCGCGGGAAGUUUGGGCCCCGCACAACCGUUUGUCGCCGAUCCGAAUAUGCCCCCACUUCCUAUCCCUAAUACAGCUGUACAAUUAGAAGAAGCACGAAGGAGACUUUUAGAAGAAGAUGUUAGAACCAAAUCAAGACAAAGAAAUUCAAGCAAAUAUCCUGCGGAGAUAUCUCAAAGUACUCAAUCGACGUUAAGAAAGUCGACGAGGAGUUCAAAACCUGUUACAUCCGGCGUAUCGAAUCCGGAAGAUAUAACAAUUGUUGUUUAUUCGUUUUAUGACGAAAAGGUGCCUUAUCGGACGAAAAUACCCGGAAGGCAAAUUACAUUGCGACAAUUUAAAGAUUUCUUACCGAAAAAGGGCAAUUUUAGGUAUUUCUUUAAAACUGAGUGUGAAGAAUUGGAUAAUCAAGUAAUACAAGAAGAGAUUAGUUUAGAUAACGAAGUGCUGCCAACGUUCGAUGGGAAAAUAAUGGCCCAAAUAAAGCCGUUAGACUGAAAAA